UCUGACGACUUCCGGCGGGUCCUCUCGCGGGGAUUGGCUGUUGGCGGCGUUGCGGCUAAGCUCGUGUGCGGCGGCGGUGUCGGCAGCGGCUGCAGCGAAAGAGUUUGGCGCGAUGUCUCACACCAUUUUGCUGGUACAGCCUACAAAGAGGCCAGAAGGCAGAACUUAUGCUGACUAUGAAUCUGUGAAUGAAUGCAUGGAAGGUGUUUGUAAAAUGUAUGAAGAACAUCUGAAGAGAAUGAAUCCCAACAGCCCCUCUAUCACAUAUGACAUCAGUCAGUUGUUUGAUUUUAUUGAUGAUCUGGCAGAUCUCAGCUGCCUUGUUUACCGAGCUGAUACCCAGACAUACCAGCCUUAUAACAAAGACUGGAUUAAAGAGAAGAUCUACGUGCUCCUUCGUCGGCAGGCCCAGCAGGCCGGGAAAUAGUUGAGUUUGAAAGCAUUAGGGGGACGGGGUGGGCUUGGAACACAGGUGUGUACAGCGUGCUGUGGUGAAAGUUUUGUAUUUUACUGUAAAUCCUGUUUCCAUUUUGGUACAUUCUGGCUAGGAUUGAAUGUAGUAGAAGAAAUGUGAGGAUCUUCUUCAAUCUGAAACCUCCAUUGCCCUCCCUGCCUUAUUUUUUUUUUUUUUUUUACUUAAACAUUUUUAUGAUGGUUUAGAUGGAAGUUGGUUUUUGUCAGUUAUUGUUGGUUCCAGUCCUUCAAACUGUUCAUACCUGCUUUAUAACAUUCACUGUACUAACCCAUUUCAAAUUGGGGUGGGGGGUGGUGACACAGUUUAGUUGUGUCCUCAAGAUAAGUCUUAGUGAAAAACAAAUAAAUGUUCUUUAGUUAUAUUUUC